ACAAAACAGAACCUCCCAUCCUCCAUUUCCAAGCUCUUCUUACCUCACUUUCCUGCAUAUCCAUCUUCCAAAAUCAAGUUUUUCGCUCAAAGAUUCAAGAAAUUACAGAAAUGAAAUUCUUUGUCAUCAUCUUCUUCUUCCUCCUCCAUGCUCUCUCCUCCGGCCCCAAGCGGGCAAACCACCGGAGAACCCAGACCCAGAGGAAACCAGUGACAACUCGAUGGAUUCUUUGGUGGUUCUCACAGAAUCCUUCUCUAAACCAGAAAAUAGAGGAAGAAGAGAAGGAGAAAGGUGGAGGACGAGGGAGGAGAGGAGAGAAGUGAAGAGAGAGAAUCGAAGGGGUGUCACUGUUUGAGUAUUGAGGGAGAGAAGGGUUAAGUGGUAAAACUGUAAUUUCAGUUUUUAUAAUCAGUUUUAUAUUUGUCGCCGAUAGCUUUUCUGAUUUUUUUUUUAUUAAAUCUCACUCGAUACC